AUGCAGACUUUUACACUGGGACCAAAGAAAGUUCAGAAGACAGUUCAUAUGUAUGCACACCGCAUUGUAGACACAGACACUCCGUUCAUAGCACAGAGCGAGAACCUCGAGCAAAAGCACCGCCCGUGUACGGAGAACAUGUCUGUGCAGUCCUACGCCGUUACGAUCGACACCGGCUAA